AUGGAGUUGAGAGCCGCUCUGCUCAAGAGUAUCUGGUACGCCUUCACAUCUCUGGACACUGAGGACAGCGGGAAAGUGUCCAAAUCACAGCUCAAGGUUCUUUCUCAUAAUCUUCACAGUGUUUUGAGGAUUCCUCAUGACCCCGAGAGUCUCGAGAGACACUUCAGUGAUGAUGAUGAUGGUCCAGUGUCCAGUCAGGGGUACAUGCCGUACCUCAACCAGUUCAUCCUGGACAAGGUGGUGGAGGGGAUGUUUGUGAAAGAGGAAGUGGACGAGCUGUGCUGGACUUUGUGCUCCAAGAAAAACUGCCGUCCCGACACACUCCGAGUUCUGACCAAUCGGGACGCUCUACGGCUCUGGUGUCUCUUCAACUUCUUGGCGGAGGACAUCUAUCCCCUCGUGCUCGUGCCGGAAGAGGCGGAGUAUUUACUGAGGAAGAUCAGCGCUGCGAUGACGCUGGAGUUGAACUGCAUUGAGAUGGAGGAGUAUCUGUCGCGGGACUGCGUUCAGAAGGACGGACUGAGCGUCUGGAGUUUUCUGGAGCUGGUGAACUCGUCCGCAGUGAGUCGAGGAGCGGACCGAGACAGCAUCAGUUUGGCUGUAGAGCAGGUGUAUCGAGAGAUGGUCGGAAAUGUCCUGAAAGAGGGAUAUCUGUGGAAGAAAGGUCAUUUACGCAGGAACUGGACUGAGCGCUGGUUCUGUCUGAAGCCCGGUUCCCUCUCGUACUACAUGAAUGAGGAUGGGAGAGAUUGUAAAGGUGUCAUUGAAAUGGACCAGAACUGCUGUGUGGAGGUGCUGUCGGACAGAGACGGGAAGAGAUGCAUGUUCUGUGUGAAGAUGCUCAACAAAACCUUUGAGAUCAGCGCACCAGAUUCCAGACAGAGACAAGAGUGGAUCACAGCGCUCCACACAUCUCUGCAACUGUCUGUGGAGGGAAGGAGCUCUCUGCAUGAGGAGCUGAAGAAGCGUCGCUGUGAGCUGCGACAGGAGAGGGAGAGGAGGCGUGUGCUGCGGGCGCAGGAGAUGCACAGACUGCAGGAGCUGCAGGUAGAACGUGAAGAGCAGCUGGCAGAGCUGAAGCUCCUGAAGGAGGCGCAGAAACAAGCUCGGGCUUCUCUAAAGCAUGAGGAGCAGAGGAGGCGCAGUCAGCGUGAGGAGCUGCAGAACACCUUGCAGAGACAGCUGCAGGAGGCGCAGGAGGCGCGGGAGAAUCUUUGUGCAGAAGUGGCGGUUCGUGAUCUAGAAGCUGAACAUCAGCGCAGGAGAAUUAAAGAGCUGGAGGAUCUUCAUCACAGACUGCAGGAAGCUCUAGAACAACAGAUCCGAGCUCGACAAGAGGAGGAGACGUACAGAUACACACAGACCAGACUGCUGGCUGAGGAGGAUGAGAAGGUGAAGUCACUGUUGGCACUACAGGAGGAGCAGGAGGAGCAGGAGAAACAGAUCCUUCAAACACAGCAGGAGAAACUGGAGCUCAAGCUGGGGAUGGAGAGGAAAGUUCGGGCUCUCGAUGAGGCCCAACGACAACUCGAUAAAGUCCGGGCCAGUCGAUGCAGAGUAGACCAGGAUAUUGCGGCCGCUCAGCAUAAGCUCCGACAGGCCAGCACAAGUGUGAAACACUGGAACAUUCAAAUGAAUAGACUCCUGCACCCCAUCUGCCAUGGAGAGAGGAGAGAUUCCUCCAGUGUCCCUACAGCCAGUGUUUCCUCUGUCAGUGAGACUGAAUCGAGAACUCCACAGAGACCCGAGAGAGACGUAGACAAACAGGACAGACUGCAGCAACAACAGCAAGAAGACUGAACCACUUGACGCUGAUGCUGAAUAAAACUGACAUAGAGAUAAAUAUACAUGCAAGGGAUGAGAGUAGGAAGAAAUGUAACAAUUCUGCUUUCUUUUAAUGGUUCCUGUUCCUUAGCAAUUCUAUUAACAAUUCUGUUGGUACUUAUGAGGAGGAGAUUUACGGAGCUAUGGAGUGGUGAUGGCGUAGUGGGCUAAAGCACUUAACUGGUAAUCAUGAGGUUGCUGGUUUGAUCCCCACAGCCACCACCAUUGUGUCCUUGAGUAAGGCACUUAACUCCAGGUUGCUCCGGGGGGAUUGUCCCUGUAAUAAGUGCUCUGUAAGUCACUUUGGAUAAAAGCGUCUGCCAAAUGCAUAAAUGUAAAUGUACAUGAGAUUUUUGGAAAAAAAAUUAAAUACAAUUCUUAUUGCAUUUACUGCACUGACAAAUGAUGAGUUCAUUUUAGAUUGAAUCAGAAUAGAUAAAACAAUUCAGAAAUCAUUUGAAUACAGUUCUUGCCAAAGGUGUGUAUACACGGAUAUUAAGGCUGUGCUGCUGCUUUCCCUGAUUGGUCCGAAUAACUCGCGGCUGCACGGUGCUGACUGCUCUGUCUUGUCCUCUUUGCGCCGCGACGAUAUCACUGCGUGAGAAAAGGGAGGUGUGGCGUGAGACCGUGAGAACAGUAUCAACUGCGUGACUCACCCUCGAUGCGCGAGAGUUGGCAGCCCUAUGUUGCAAUUGCACAACAGCGCCACCUCUGGUGGGGUUUAGCUCCACUUGCCCCUUUUGUAGAGAUGUGGCUGGUCACGCUGUAUGUUUUUGAUUCACUGACGGGGCUUUUCCACUGAAUGGUACAGCUCGACUCGACUCCCUUUUUGGGGGUUUUCCGCUGUGGAUAGUUCCUGGUAACUGGUGCUUUUUUUUAGUACCACCUUGGUCGAGUUUCCAAGCGAGCCGAGCCGAUAACUAAAUGUGACGUCAAAUCCCUGCAGAUCACUGAUUGGUCAGAGAGAAUCGUCACUACCAGCAUCACUGGAUUAGCGACACGCGACAUCAACCCGCUUGUUUUAAAGUUAGCAACAGUGAUAGCAGUAUCAGCAAAACCACACUGUGGUCAAUAAACGAGGAGCAGACGGUCCACUCGUUAGCGAUGAACGAAACAAGUCAAAAUGAUAAAGUCUCUCAGGAAGUGUCUCAGCUGUUAGCCGCACAUGGCUACCACUGGACCUAACAACAGUGCAGGGAAAAGUACAAAAAAUUUGAAUAAAAGUGACGACAGAACCAUCAAGGAAAAGUGGAAGUGGUUUGACCAAAUGGACGCUAUCUAGACCGGCGAGCAAUGGGAGGGAGAGAACGCUGGACUCGGUCACGAUGGAGUUCAUGAUGGAGGAUGGGACAUUUUGUCACUUUAUUUAGUUGAGCAGCUACUGGAAGCUUCUAAAACACCCAAUUUAACUGUUACACUUGUGUAAAAUCACCAUCAACAACUGCUUUAUGUAGCACAAUGAGCUAGCAGCUAACAGCUAGCGCUCGUGUUAUUGUUUAUGGUCAGUAAUGUUUGUGUCGUGUUUAAGAUGAUGUCACGGCAGUAGAGGCGGCGUAACUAUGACGAUCAGCCUAUAAUCCCACCCACGUUGAGGCGGCACUAAACUGCAGUGGAAAAGUGCCAUAAUAGGAAACGGCUCAUAAGAGUCAUAUUCUUACAAGGAUUGGAAAGCACUGGUCACGCUAUAUGUUUUGGGCUAUAUAUUCAGUGCACAGUCGUGCUGGUAACACCAAAUAUUUUAGUACAGUGUUCCGUCCACAUAGAUGAAGAAUGAGUGAUCGAGAACUGAACAUCAUGGAAAUAAUUCUGUUGUUUUGUUGUUGUUGUUCUGAAUAAUAUCAGACAAAGAGCUGGCCUAAAUAAAAUCACUGAAUAAACCUUAUAAAAAAAUGAAUAGACUUAACAAUGAAUCAUGGCUGUAAUCAUAGAUGAAAUAUACUUUGUUCUUUACUGUUAGUGUGGGUGAUUUUUGGUAAAACUGGUUUGACUUCCUGUUUCCUGUAUCAGUAAAAGGUCUUUGAAUCUGUCUGAUCUUCAACAGAGGGUCAGUGUAGUUGAAACAAAUGAGAA